GCUUGGACCUCGCCUCGAAAUGAGAGGACUUGAUUCACUUGACUCAAUGACGGGACUUUUAAGCCCUCGCUUUGAGAAGUUCGACUCCGACCAUAUUGCGAAUUAUGUCAGCAAUCCCGGAAGAUGCUUCAAGCUUGUCAGAGGACUUGCAUUGACUGGCUGUGCCGUAUUCUGCGUGCUUCUAUACACAAGCGUCGCCACGCAUUCGGACUGGAACUAUGUCACCUCGGGCGUUGCCACUAACACAACUUCUACCGUCAACACGCCCACGAUACCGAUAAAGCCAACACAGCCUAAGGAGGGACUCACGGGAUCAUUNAUGGAGCACCAAAAGCCCCAAUACUAUACCAUUCACACUAACGAACCCUACGAUAUCGAUGUCGCUCUUCGCAAGGUCUUGAACUUGUGUCCGGAUGAGGUCUACUACAAUGCGUUGACACAACCCAUCAAGACUGUCGAUGAGGAGAAGUUGCAUGAAACCGGCGUGCGAGUACGCAUGUUCAAGAAGUAUUUCGACGCAUGGGAAGCAUUGCACGUGGUCACUGACAGCUUGUCCGACACGGCUUUCGUACGUGAUGAUAUCCUGCGUCACAUCAGAGACUCGAAAGAUAUCACCUCGUUCACCUCAAGCUCACGCGUGGAGGCUAUGCGACAGUAUGAGACUUAUCGCUCUUUCUUGUCGAACAUGUCGUCAAUCCUGUUCCCAUGGACCAGCCCUUACUUCUCUGAUCAUAUGACACUCCACGGACAUAUGUAUAAUGCUGGACGAGGCAUCGUCAUAUCCGGCAGCAACUCGCAAGCUCCUUACAUCAAGACUGCGAUAACUUCUUUCCGUGCCAUGGGCUGCACUCUGCCAGUAGAGAUCAUGUAUCUCGGCGAGGAAGACUUGAGCGAAGACACCCGCACCGAGCUCGAGACCAUCCCGGACGUCAUCACUCGCAAUCUUAAGAAAAUGGUUGACGACCAGGGCUGGGAGAUCAAAGGUUGGGCUGGCAAAGCUCACGCUGCUUUCAUGAGUUCCUUCCGAGAAGUUAUCUUGCUUGACGCAGACGUCCUGUUCUUCGAUAACCCCGAGCUGAUGUUCGACGAGCCUGGCUACGUUGACACUGGUGCCCUUUUCUUCUCAGACCGCACUAUCUUUCCACAAGACAAACGAACUUUCCUCCGCAAGAUCCUGCCCAAGCCUGUAUCUAGCAAGGCCAGAGAAAACAGAUGGUGGAAAGGCGAAUCUGGCGAAGGUCAAGAAGCUGGAGUAGUUGUGGUCGACAAAUGGAGACAUUUCUUGAGUGUCUUCUUGACGACGAGAUUGAAUGGUCCUGAUCGCGACGACACUGAUACUUCCNNAAAGGGAACCUAUAGUUUCUGGUGGGGUGACAAAGAGACUUGGUGGAUCAGUUUCGAACUUGCUGGCGACACGGACUACCACUUCCAUACAGGCGGCACUGGCAACAUUGGCACAGUGAGCAAUACUGAACCCGUCGAGAAGCCCGAAGAGAAACACGAGGAAGAGGAACACGAGGAAGAGAAGCACGAAGAGAAAAAUGAAGAGCAGAAGACCGAAGACAAGAGUGAAGAGCAGAAAACUGAAGGCAAGAGUGAGGAGCAAAAGACGGAAGACACUGCCAGCAAGGAAGAUCUACACAAGACAGAUGCUGAAGAUUUCAAGUUGCAGUCUAACAAGCCCGCGGAAUCGACAACAGCACAACCAGCUGAGGAGAAGAAAGCAGCUGACGCUGAAGCCCAAUCAAAUAUCCCAUCCCCCUCUCCUGCACCAGAUGCAGACGCUGUGAUGAAAGCCUAUUUGCCAGUGCCCAACAAUACUCAACCUGCUGAUAGCCCCGCCGUCAAUGAGCUCGCUACCUCUUCUGAACAAACUGCCACGGCCGAGGGUACUGGUCGAGCUCUGUCGCGACGUCACUUGAGCAAGCGCGGCUGGUAUGACGACGCACUAUCAACAAAGCGCACAAAUCUCACUGGCCCUGGCAUGCUUGAUCUCCCUGGUCAGAACAUCAUUCUCUGUGCCCCACAACUCUUGCAUCUUUCUAAUGAGGGACGACCUCUGUGGUUCAAUGGCUGGAUUCAGGACAACAAACACCAAGCCAGCUCAAACAUCUCAGUGUUCGAGUUCUUCAUGACUGAGAAGCGAAAGGAUGGAGAAUGGGCUGAGUGGGCCAUCGGAGCAGAUAACAUGUGUUGUCUCAAGGGCGAUGACCUGCAUGCAUUGAACGAUAAGGAGUUGCGGGCUAUGAAGAUGAUUGUGGACAUUGCCAAGGAGAACGGCUCGCUUCAUGAGCUGCUGGAGAAGGAGAAGAAGGCAAACAAGAACAAUGAGGAC